AUGGCCACCUCAUCGCCGCGCCCGUCACCGGACCGCAUCCCCGUCUCCGUCGAUCGUCCCCGUCCUCCUCCCCACGGGUCGCCCCCGAGCCUCGACGCCCAUGUGCCCCUGCAAACGCCGGUGAGGCCCUCGGCCUCCGCCUCCCCUUCCUUUCGUCUGCGGUCACCGCGCUCGUCCACCUCGCGCCCGUGCAGUCCGCUCGCCUCCGCCCCGUCUCUGCCUUGCGGUCGAGCACGCCCGCGCCCCUAUCCCGCCUCGCCACGCGCGCUCACGCCCGGAUCCACUGACCACUCUGGCCGCCAACGCCCGCCGCCCUGCCUUUCCCCCGCCGCGAGCCUGCCUCCUCCCGCGCCUCCUUGGCUGCUCGCGCACCCACGCACGGCUCUGCCGUGGCCGUACCCCUCGCCGCACGCGCUCCGGCGCCCGCUCACGGCCGCCGCCACCCUACACCGUCCCGCUGCCUCCCUGCUCCACCAUGGCCGCCGCCCCAACCGCUCCACCCGUGGCCGUUCCCCACUGCCGCCUCCUGCCCGGCGCACCUCGCUGCAGCCGCCGGCGCCCGACGCCUCCACUGGCUUGGGCAGGCGCCCAGUCGCCCAGUGCCCGCUAGGCUCCCCCAGAGCCUAUGACAUAUGGGCCCCACGCCCCCAUUUAAAUAAAAAAGAACUAGAAAAUUAA